CCACUUCCUCCUCAUUUCCCCGGGAGCUGCACCUCGCCUAUCCGGUGACCUGGGAAAGGCUCCCAGGCGUCCGGACCCCACCGCUAAGGUGCUGCGGGCCCCCGGGAGCAGGUGCGGGAGCCGGUGCGGCGCCGGACGAUGCCCCUCGUCGGCCAGCGGGUCCCAGACGACGGCGGCUGCAGCCUGGUGGCCAGCCUGGACAACGUGAGGAACCUCUCCACGGUCCUGAAGGCCAUUCAUUUCCGGGAUCACGCCACCUGUUUCGCCACAAAAAAUGGCAUCAAGGUGACGGUGGAAAAUGCGAAGUGCGUGCAGGCGAAUGCGUUCAUCCAGGCUGGAAUAUUUCAAGAGUUUAAAGUACAGGAAGAGCCUGUUACUUUCCGAAUUAAUUUAACUGUCCUUUUAGACUGCUUAUCUAUUUUUGGAUCAAGUCCUAUGCCAGGGAAUUUAACCGCACUUCGAAUGCGUUACCAAGGUUAUGGUUGCCCCUUGAUGCUAUUUCUGGAAGAAGGAGGAGUGGUGACCGUCUGUAAAAUCAAUACCCAGGAGCCUGAGGAAACUCUGGAUUUCGAUUUCUGCAGCACCAAUGUGAUUAACAAAAUUAUUCUGCAGUCAGAGGGGCUCCGUGAAGCAUUUUCCGAGUUGGAUAUGACGAGUGAGGUCCUGCAGAUCACCAUGUCUCCUGACAAGCCUUAUUUCAGGUUAUCUACUUUUGGGAAUGCAGGAAGCUCCCACCUUGACUAUCCCAAAGAUUCUGAUUUGAUGGAAUCCUUUAAUUGUAACGAAACACAAGUUAACAGAUACAAGAUCUCUUUACUGAAGCCCUCUACGAAGGCACUGGUCCUGUCAUGCAAGGUGUCUAUUCGGACAGAUAACCGAGGCUUCCUCUCGUUACAGUAUAUGAUCAGGAAUGAGGAUGGACAGAUAUGUUUUGUGGAGUAUUACUGCUGCCCUGAUGAAGAAGUUCCUGAUUCAGAAUCUUAAGUACAACUGUGCACUGUGACAUUUUAUGUCAACAUUCACAAUAGGUCACAUUCUCAUUCUUAUGAUUUCAUACUGCAUUUCCCAAAUGGAAGAGGCAUGGAGGAGACUGGAGCAAGAUCCCUGUGCCCUAAGUCACUGUGGAAGUAGAUGUUUCUUGUAGUCACAGAUGACCCAGUACUGGACUAUCCUGUGGUCCUGUUUUUUGAACUCAUAGGAAUUAUUAUGAGCCAUGAUGAAUAAGUUAUAUAUUCUAUUUAAGUAGGACAUUUCAAAAGGCUGAAAAUUUAAAGUUUGAUGGAGCCAUAUGUGAAAUGUUCUUUUAUUUAUUUAUUAGAAAAAGCAAAGGCAUAUAGGUAUUGCUUAUUAGUUUGAAUUCUGGAGAAUAUAUCUUAAAGCAGUGGUUUUUAAAGGGCUAUGCCCAGACCAGCACCAUCAGCAUCACCUAGAAACUUGUCAAAAACUCUGCGAGUUGCCCAGCAAAGCAGGCCCCUAACUCCAGAAAUUCUGAUGUGUGCCAGAGUUUGAGAGCCACUAUGUGAAAGGAUACUUAAAAAACAAACAAAAAAAAGCAUUUGAUUACAUUGAAGUGAUUGCUUUUCUUUGUGAUUUCUCCACAAACUUUCUGAAACUUAGGCAUCACCAAACAAGUCUGAAUAUGUGACUUAUUUUUAAAGUACUCAUUUUGAAGACAUGAACAAGAUAUAAAACAGUCUUCAGAAUUAGAGGUGUUCUUGUUCUCCAAACUGCCCAGUAUAGUGAGUCCUGCAGUGAGUACUUUAUAAUUCCUUCUAUUUUCCCUGUAAGCGUUACUCAACCAAACCAAGGUGGAGCAAGCCAUUGCGUGAUUUUGUAUUUCUUGAGUAAUUCACAAUGAAAUAAUUUUGUGGGAUGUAGGUAUUUAAUAAAGUAUAAUACUGAAAUUA